AUGUCAUUUUCUGGAACAUCGUCAAAACUCCACACCCUGAAUUCCAGUCUGAAUUUCUUCUCCUUGGCCCACAAACACUGCAGUUUCGUCCAUGGCAAUCAUGUUGGAGAGCUGGUACUUGGAAAAGUCAAUGCCAUCAACGAAGGACUUGAAUGCAAGUGCCCGUAUGACAAGUUCAGCAUCUUCCAGCUUGAACCACAAGGAGAAUCUCCUCAGAGACAGUUCAUAUCGCUGAAGGAAGCCAUCCAGCUAGUGUUGAGAGGCUUUGAAUUAUUCCUGGCCAAGCCCACCGUCACCAUCUCCCCCACCAAGAUGGACCCUGCUUUGACAGGCUUUUACCCCGUGGAGAUCGAGGUCCAGUGGCUGAAGAACGGGUGGCCAGAGAAGGAGGGUAUGGCCUUCGGGGAGGAACUGCAGAAUGGAGACUGGACCUAUCAGCUCCAGGUGAUGCUGGAGACCCAGCCCCAGCAGGGGGACCUCUACACUUGCCAGGUGGGGCAAGCCAACCUGGUUGCCCCUAUCACCAUCCAGUGGGAGCCCCGUUCCUCCAGCUCUGCCAGGAGCAAACUCUGGAUGGGGAUCAUGGGGGCCAUGAUAGGAGUGACGUUCCUGGCUAUGGGGCUCUUCUCCUACCUGAAGAGCAAGAAAGAACUCCUGAGUUGA